GAAUUUCAGUUGUCCAAGAGCGAGAACGCAAAUGCGUGCCUUUCUCUCUCGACGCCCACGAGUCGGUCCGAACUUACUUCGGGCAAGUUCGUAGAAUCGAGAGAGAGCGCAUGCGUCAGUUCGCCUUCGUCGACUCACCGAACCUCCACGAGCUCACGCAUGCGUGAUCCGGCGCAGUGUGCGUAGUGCACCCGGUGCUCGAUCUGGCACCACUGUUUGCGUUUGUAAACGAAAGGAAGUUGCAUCGUGUAUUUCGUGAUAAAAUUGGGAAGGAAACAGAGAUACAUGUUCCUGUAAUAUAGACUGUCAAGUGUUAACGAUAAUCGCUUGCGAUUAAAUAGUACCUAGCUAGUCAUGGUUCGAAGUAGCGACAAGGACAGGCAUCACAGAAGGCGAUCCAGAUCCAGAUCGAGAUCGCGGUCGGCCACGCCGGAGAAAAAACGUCGCCGAUCUAGGAGUAGAGAUAGAGACAGGGAAAGGGAUAAGGGACGUCACAGAGAAAGAAGAAGUCGUUCCAGGGAAAGGGACAGAGAAAGGAGCGACAGGAGGGACCGGUCCGAAAGGGACAGAGAUCGUGACAGGAAACGUGGAGACAGUAAAGAAAAGCGUCUUACAGGAUCGAAGUCUUCCCGUUCAGGCAAAGAUCGGUCGAACAGAUCACGAUCGAGAGAGCGCAAGGAGAAGGAAAAGGGUGACAGCGAUGAACUGCCGUUCGACCAUACUAAGCUGGACAAGGAGGAGGAACAAAAGAGAUUGGAGUUAGAAAUGCAGAAGCGAAGAGAAAGAAUUGAGCGGUGGCGCGCAGAAAGGAAAAAGAAAGAGAUGGAGGCAACGAAGAAGGAUGGUAAAGCGUCCAUCUUGGCGAACCUUCAGCUGCCAAUGAAAAAGUGGUCCCUGGAAGAUGACAGCGACGAAGAGACACCUGUUGUUCAGAACAGCAACAAAGAAAUCAAAGAGGAAGGAGACGUGAAAGAAGAAGUCGAGGAAGUUAAGGAAGAAACUAAAGGCGAGGAAGAGGAAGAAGUGGAUCCGUUGGAUGCUUUUAUGGCAGAGGUUCAGGAAGAAGUACGCAAAGUGAACAAAUUAGAUAACAAAGGUGCAAAGAGUGCGAACAAUGGUACAGGUACAGGUGGUACGCAAAGUGGAGGUGUCGUUAUAGUAACCGGCGUGGCCAAAAAGAAAGUUCAAAAACAGAAGGGAGAGUUGAUCGAACAGAAUCAAGACGGUUUGGAAUAUUCCAGCGAAGAGGAGGGUGAAAAUUUGCACGAAACAGCCGCUGGUAUAGCGAACAAACAGAAACGGGAACUAGCCAAAGUUGAUCACGCGACCACCGAAUACCAGCCAUUUAGAAAAUCAUUUUAUGUCGAAGUACCUGAAAUUGCGAGAAUGACAUCCGAAGAAGUGGAGGCGUACAAAGAGGAAUUGGAAGGGAUUCGCGUGAAAGGGAAGGGUUGUCCCAAGCCUAUCAAGUCGUGGGCACAGUGUGGCGUGACGAAGAAGGAGCUGGAAGUGUUGAAGAAGCUUGGUUAUGAGAAACCAACUCCCAUUCAGUGCCAAGCUAUCCCAGCGAUCAUGUCUGGUCGUGAUCUGAUUGGUAUAGCGAAGACAGGCAGUGGAAAAACGUUAGCAUUCCUAUUACCGAUGUUCAGGCACAUCCUCGACCAACCACCACUGGCAGACGGCGACGGUCCAAUCGCGUUGAUUAUGACGCCGACCAGGGAACUGUGUAUGCAGAUUGGAAGGGAUUCGAAGAAGUUUACGAAGUCGUUGGGAUUGUCGCACGUAUGUGUCUACGGUGGAACUGGUAUAUCUGAACAAAUAGCGGAGCUGAAGAGAGGCGCUGAGAUAAUUGUCUGCACGCCGGGAAGAAUGAUCGACAUGCUCGCUGCCAACAGCGGAAGAGUGACAAAUCUACGCAGAGUGACCUAUGUAGUGCUCGACGAGGCGGACAGAAUGUUCGACAUGGGUUUCGAGCCCCAAGUGAUGCGCAUCAUGGAGAACGUCAGGCCCGAUCGGCAGACUGUUCUGUUCAGCGCGACGUUUCCCCGACAGAUGGAAGCACUGGCCAGAAGAAUCCUGACCAGACCAGUGGAAGUCCAAGUCGGGGGACGGUCCAUCGUUUGCAAGGAUGUCGAGCAGCACGUGGUGGUGCUCGAGGAGGACCAGAAGUUCUACAAGUUGCUAGAGAUACUCGGCCAUUACCAAGACAAAGGUUCCACUAUAAUAUUCGUCGACAAACAAGAGAACGCUGACACUCUUCUGAAAGACCUUAUGAAAGCUUCCUAUUCGUGUAUGUCCCUUCACGGCGGUAUCGAUCAAUGCGACAGAGAUUCGACCAUAUUAGACUUUAAAGCUGGCCGGACGAAAUUAUUGGUCGCGACGUCCGUUGCUGCGAGAGGUUUGGACGUGAAACAACUCGUACUCGUGGUGAAUUACGAUUGCCCGAAUCAUUACGAGGAUUACGUGCACAGAUGCGGACGAACGGGAAGAGCUGGGAACAAAGGCUACGCAUACACAUUCAUCACAUCGGAACAGGAACGAUAUGCUGGCGACAUCCUUCGUGCCCACGAACUGGCUGGAGUCCCCGUACCAGAACCACUGCGCCACCUUUGGGAGGGUUACAAAGCCAGACAAGCAGCCGAUGGGAAGAAAGUGCACACAGGUGGUGGUUUCAGUGGCAAGGGAUUCAAAUUCGACGAGUCGGAGGCAGCCCUGGCGAACGAGAAGAAGAAGUUCCAAAAGGCAGCUCUGGGACUGCAGGACUCCGACGACGAGGACAUAGAAAACGACAUAGAUCAGCAGAUAGAGAGUAUGCUGGCGCCGAAGAGAACCGUUCGCGAGAUCGCCAGACCAUCCACCGCAAAUAUCGCUGUGCCUGGCCAACCAGUGCCCAGUGCAACCGACAAACUGGAGCUGGCCAGACGAUUGGCGUCCAAGAUCAACAUAGCCAAGAACUUGGGGGCCGAAGCGAAGGGCGCGACCCAACAGGCUGCUGAAGCUAUUCUGAAAGGAGCUGGACCCACCAAUCUCAUCACAGCAAAGACUGUCGCCGAACAACUGGCUGCGAAGUUGAAUACCAAGCUGAACUAUCAGCCUCGCGAGGAAGAUCUCGUGGAGAGCGACGCAGAGACUGGCGAGCAGACGUUCCGCAAAUACGAGGAGGAAUUGGAGAUCAACGACUUCCCGCAGCAGGCUAGGUGGCGCGUCACUAGCAAGGAAGCCCUCGCACAAAUCUCCGAGUACUCCGAAGCUGGUCUCACCGUCAGAGGAACUUACAUUGCCCCUGGCAAAGCUCCACCGGAAGGCGAGAGGAAGUUGUAUUUAGCCAUAGAGUCUACCAGCGAGCUGGCGGUGAGCAAGGCCAAGGCGGAGGUCUCGCGGCUCAUCAAGGAAGAGCUGAUCAAGUUGCAAGCGUCGGGGACCCAUACCGCGUCACGCGGCCGAUACAAAGUUUUGUAA